AUGGCAGGCCCGAGGUACAAGCCGUUUCAGUUCAUCUGGAACAGGUUUAGCUACAGCGCAUUCCACAUCCGCCGCGAGCGCCUCUACGAUCGGCUUUAUGCUGUUGUUGCAGCAACGAUGAUUGGCUUCACUGUUUUCCAGGGCGCCAACAUCAUCUACAUUUGGCAAGACGCUGUUCACCACAACUACAGACACUACCUGCUCAAGGAGAAAACCCGCAAGGAAUUGGCCGAGAUGAUCCGCAUCGCCAGAGAAGAGGGGCGGCUGCCGCCAGCCCCCGACAGCAGCAGCAGCAGCAGCAGCAGCAGCAGCAGCAGCAGCAGCAGCAGCAGCGGCAGCAGCAGCAGCAGCAGCGAUUGA